GAGGCUGUGGCAGCAGCUGCAGCGGCGGCGGCGGCGGCAGCGCCAGGAGCUGCUGCAGCAGAGGCGGAGGUUGCUCCUGUACGCGUCCGGGCAGCUCAGCCGGAGCCGCAGCCCGGAGGCGCCGGGCGGUGCGCUGGGUGCUGCUGCUGCCGGCCCUCCGCCGCCCGGGCCCCCGCUGCCGCCCGGGCCCCGGCUGCCGUCUGCGCCCCCGUCAACCCCACCCGCGAGUGCGCCCCAGCCGGGACGCCGCCCCCGUCCGGGUCUCCACUUCUUGGCCGCACCUUCCAUGACAGCGCCCGCGAGAAGAUGGCUGCGAAGGGCGCGCACGGCUCCCACCUGAAGGUGGAGAGCGAGCUGGAGCGCUGCCGCGCCGAGGGCCACUGGGACCGCAUGCCGGAGCUGGUCCGGCAGCUGCAGUCGCUGAGCAUGCCCGGCGGCGGAGGUAACAGGCGAGGCAUCCCGAGCGCAGCGUUCACCUUUCCGGACACCGAUGACUUUGGGAAAUUGCUGCUGGCUGAGGCCCUCCUGGAGCAGUGUUUGAAGGAGAAUCAUGCCAAAAUAAAAGACUCCAUCCCUUUGCUGGAGAAGAAUGAGCCGAAGAUGAGCGAAGCCAAAAAUUAUCUGAGCAGUAUCCUUAACCAUGGGAGGCUCACGCCACAGUACAUGUGUGAGGCCAUGCUGAUCCUGGGCAAACUGCAUUACGUGGAGGGCUCGUACCGAGAUGCCAUCAGCAUGUAUGCACGGGCCGGGAUCGAUGACGUGUCCAUGGAGAACAAGCCCCUGUAUCAGAUGCGGCUGCUGUCGGAGGCUUUUGUCAUCAAAGGCCUCUCUCUGGAACGCCUACCCAACUCCAUCGCUUCCCGCUUCCGCCUGACGGAGAGGGAGGAGGAAGUGAUCACCUGUUUUGAGAGGGCCUCCUGGAUCGCUCAGGUGUUCCUGCAGGAAUUGGAGAAGACCACAAAUAACAGCACGUCGAGGCAUCUGAAAGGCUGUCACCCGGUUGACUAUGAGCUCACCUACUUCCUGGAAGCCGCCCUCCAGAGCGCCUAUGUGAAAAACCUGAAGAAGGGGAACAUCGUGAAGGGCAUGAGAGAGCUCCGGGAGGUGCUGCGGACUGUGGAGACCAAAGCAACUCAGAACUUCAAAGUGAUGGCGGCCAAGCACCUGGCGGGGGUCCUGCUGCACUCCCUGAGUGAGGAGUGCUACUGGAGCCCCCUGUCCCACCCUCUGCCCGAAUUCAUGGGCAAGGAGGAGAAUUCUUUCGCCACGCAGGCCCUGCGGAAACCUCACCUCUAUGAAGGAGACAACCUCUACUGUCCCAAGGACAACAUCGAGGAAGCCCUCCUGCUCCUCCUCAUCAGCGAGUCCAUGGCCACUCGAGACGUGGUGCUGAGCCGGGUGCCAGAGCAGGAGGAGGACCGGGCAGUGAGCUUGCAGAAUGCUGCAGCCAUCUAUGACCUCCUGAGCAUCACGUUGGGCAGAAGGGGACAGUAUGUCAUGCUCUCUGAGUGCCUGGAGCGAGCCAUGAAGUUUGCGUUUGGAGAAUUUCACCUUUGGUACCAGGUGGCCCUCUCCAUGGUGGCUUGUGGGAAGUCAGCCUACGCCGUGUCCCUGCUGCGGGAGUGUGUGAAGUUGAGGCCCUCGGACCCCACUGUGCCCCUGAUGGCCGCGAAGGUCUGCAUCGGGUCCCUUCACUGGCUGGAGGAAGCAGAGCGCUUUGCCAUGAUGGUGAUCAGCCUCGGAGAGGAAGCCGGGGAGUUCCUCCCCAAGGGCUACCUGGCGCUGGGUCUCACCUAUAGCCUGCAGGCCACCGACGCCACCCUGAAGUCCAAGCAAGAUGAAUUGCACCGGAAAGCACUGCAGACACUGGAGAGGGCUCAGCAGCUGGCACCCGGUGACCCCCAGGUCAUCCUCUAUGUCUCACUGCAGCUGGCCCUCGUCCGACAGAUCUCCAGCGCCAUGGAGCAGCUGCAGGAGGCCCUGAAGGUAUGCAAGGAUGAUGCCCACGCCCUCCAUCUGCUGGCACUGCUCUUCUCCGCCCAGAAGCACCACCAGCAUGCCCUGGAUGUUGUCAACAUGGCCAUCACCGAGCACCCUGAGAACUUCAACCUGAUGUUCACCAAGGUGAAGCUGGAGCAGGCGCUGAAAGGCCCAGAGGAAGCCCUCGUGACCUGCAGACAAAUGCUGCGGCUGUGGCAGACCCUGUACAGCUUCUCCCAGCUGGGAGACUCUGGGAGCCCAGAAGGCUUCCAGACUCCCCAGAGGAACGUCUGUAACAGUGAAAUUUACAGAGGAGGAGGCCUGGAAAAGGAUGGUAGCCUCGGUGAGGGCCUCACCAUGAAGAAGCAGAGUGGCAUGCACCUGACUUUGCCUGAUGCCCAUGAUGCAGACUCUGGCUCCCGGCGGGCUUCAUCCAUCGCAGCCUCCCGGCUGGAGGAGGCCAUGUCAGAGCUGACUAUGCCCUCUUCGGUCCUGAAGCAGGGCCCCAUGCAGCUAUGGACCACGCUGGAACAGAUCUGGCUGCAGGCUGCUGAGCUGUUCAUGGAGCAGAAGCACCUCAAGGAAGCAGGUUUCUGCAUCCAGGAGGCAGCAGGCCUCUUCCCCACUUCUCACUCAGUACUAUAUAUGCGGGGCCGGCUGGCCGAGGUGAAGGGCAGCCUGGAGGAGGCCAAGCAGCUGUACAAGGAGGCGCUCACAGUGAACCCAGAUGGCGUGCGCAUCAUGCACAGCCUGGGUCUGAUGCUGAGUCGGCUUGGCCACAAGAGCCUGGCCCAGAAGGUGCUUCGAGAUGCCGUGGAGAGGCAGAGCACGUGCCACGAGGCGUGGCAGGGCCUGGGCGAGGUGCUGCAGGCCCAGGGCCAGAACGAGGCCGCCGUCGACUGCUUCCUCACUGCCCUGGAGCUGGAGGCCAGCAGCCCUGUGCUGCCCUUCUCCAUCAUCCCCAGAGAGCUGUGACGACACUGCAGCCACAGGGAGGGAGGGCCGGCCAGAGGGAGAGGCAGCGGUCAGUGUGGGGCGACAGUGGCAUCAGGUGUGGGGCCUCAGGGAAAUCCAUCUUUAGUGAACGCCUCCGCAGCUGCAGCCCUCGUUCUCCUGGCUCGGCCAAGAGGGUCUUCCUGGAUUUCUUUGUUGGUGCCUUGGGAAACAGUCUGACUUGAACCCUAAGUGCCUUUUUGCAGAGUUUUGUGGUGACCAGACUUGCACCCCAAGAGCUGGGCAGGGGGGAGCCUCACAAUUGUCCUUCACCCUCACCCAUGCCUCUGGUUGGGGGUCUGGGGAUCUCACUCCCCACUCUCAGCACAGCACAGACUUCUGGAUCCCUCUCAGGUCUUGCCCAGGGCAGUCACGACGUGAAGAAACUGGGCAAGUGGGAAGACGAUGGGAUUUCUGGGUUCCCUUCCCAGACUUGGAGUUAGCAGAUGAUGCCCACGUUGCCCCUCUUUGCCCCCUGAGGCCAGCUGGGCCCCACUGUGCUCUUUCCCUCUGCUACCAAGUGCCUUUGGGGCCUCUGGGGUCUAGCCAGGGGGUACUGAGCACUGGCCCUUACGCUUCCAUUUCCACCCGCCCCAUCUCCCUGGAAAUGUGUUCCAGCCCAAGCAGCCUCCGUCGGCUUUAGAUCCUGUGGUUGCUAGAUCCAGUCCUUUCUAAUACCCUGAGUCAACACAUUACUCCUGCAGGUCUUACGCUACAAUGCAGGUCCCUUGAGGGCCAAUAACAUGGAGGUGGGCAAUUUCUAGGACUGUCCCCAGUACAUCUCACCACCCACAGCCCUUUUUUGCCUUGAUUUGAGCCUCACCCUAGCCUUUUGGGUUGCCCUGCCUGAGGCAGACCUGAGGAGGGGACAGAGCCCAGCCUUUCUCCUGUGGCUGAGCAGGCCUCUGUGUCCAUGACACCUUUUUCCGGGCCUGGGGGCUGUGGGUGUAUGUCCUCCCUGCUGGCUCCCCUGGCCCCUGCUGCGUGACGCUCUUGGAACUCUUCCCCAAGGACUCAGUCCCCCAGGCUUAUCAGGGAAUCCUUUUGUAUCUGCACUUUGGGUUUUAGUUUCAAAGCUCCAUCAGGUGCAGCUUACAUUUCAGGAUGUGUAGAAAGCUCAGGUGAGGGCUGCCCUGGUUUGUCAUAGCUCCACCUUCCUCGGAGGGAGAGGGCUGUUGGAGACCCCCCAUCCAUGGCACACUAGCUCAGCACUGCAUGUCCCGAGAUGAUUCCCAAGACAGCUGGUGCCUCCUGGCUUUCCUGCGGCAGGCCAAGGGGCACCCCAGAGGACGCUGGAUCCUUCAUGGUUGAAGGAUCUCUAUGUAUGUGUGUAUAUAAAUAUAGUUUUUAUAUAUAUAUAUAAAAAAUAGAGAUCUAUUUUUUUCUGGAAUUAUGUUAGAAAAGUAAAGAAAAAGCAAAUGCUGUUGAUUUAUCUCAGGGUGCCCAAAGAGUUGUAGUCAAUUUUUGGUACUAGGAAAGGCACCCAAUGCAUUUCCUGACUUAAGCAGUUCCUUGUUGGAAGCAGCAGAGGGCCAAGCCAAGUUGCUGACAGUGACUUUACAGGUUAAAUAAAGAGACCCUCGGAGGGGAAGCAGGCUUGUCUGAA